AUGGCUGCCCCAGUUGGCGAUAUUGGUCUCAUCGGUUUGGCUGUCAUGGGUCAAAACUUGAUCUUGAACAUGAACGACAAGGGCUUCACCGUUGUCGCCUACAACCGUACCACCUCCAAGGUCGAUGACUUCUUGCAAAAUGAGGCCAAGGGCACCAACAUUGUUGGCGCUUACUCGAUCGAGGAACUUGUGGCCAAGCUCAAGCGCCCCCGCAAGAUCAUUCUCCUUGUCAAGGCUGGUGUUGCUGUCGAUGCCUUCAUCGAGCAGCUCAGCCCCCACCUUGAACAAGGCGAUAUUAUCAUUGACGGAGGAAACUCUUACUACCCUGACUCUAUCCGCCGCGCCAAGGACCUCGAGCCAAGGGCCUCUUGUUCGUCGGCUCUGGUGUCUCUGGUGCAUUUUAUCAGCCACGGACCUAGCUUGAUGCCUGGUGGCAAUGAAGCUGCCUGGCCCGCGAUCAAGGAGAUCUUCCAAAAGACCGCCGCUCAGGUUGGACCCGACCCGUGCUGCGACUGGAUGGGUCCUACUGGUGCUGGUCACUACGUCAAGAUGGUUCACAACGGUAUUGAGUAUGGUGACAUGCAACUCAUCGCCGAGGCCUAUGACAUCCUCAAGCGCGGUCUCGGUCUUCCUGAAGAUGAGAUUGCCGGCAUUUUCGAGAAAUGGAACAAGGGCGUCCUUGAUUCCUUCUUGAUCGAGAUCACCACCAACAUUCUCAAGUUCAAGGACGAGGAUGGUGAACCCAUGGUUACCAAGAUCCUCGACAAGGCCGGACAAAAGGGUACUGGCAAGUGGACUGCCGUCAACGCUCUUGACGCUGGUAUUCCUGUCACCCUCAUCGGUGAGGCGGUCUUUGCCCGAUGCUUGUCUGCGAUCAAGGACGAACGUACUCGUGCCUCCAAGGUCUUGAACGGCCCCGUUCGCGAGGAGUUCCGUGGCGACAAGCAACAAUUCAUCGACGACCUUGAACAGGCCUUGUACGCCAGCAAGAUCAUUUCCUACACCCAGGGAUUCAUGUUGAUGCGUCAAACUGCCAAGGAGCUCGAAUGGGAUCUCAACUACGCCGGCAUCGCCCGUAUCUGGCGUGGCGGUUGCAUCAUCAAGUCGGUCUUCUUGAACGAUAUCACUAAGGCAUAUGAGAAGAACCACGAACUCGAGUCCCUCCUGUUCGAUGACUUCUUCAAGAAGGCUAUCCACAAUGCCCAGCCCGGCUGGCGACGAGUCAACGCACAGGCUACCCUCUGGGGUAUUCCUACUCCGGCGUUCAGCACUGCGCUCGCUUUCUUCGAUGGCUACCGCUCCGAGGUCGUUUCGGCCAACAUCCUCCAGGCCCAGCGCGACUACUUUGGUGCGCACACUUUCCGUGUCUUGCCCGGAAAGGAGAACGAGCGUCUACCCGAGGGCAAGGAUAUCCACAUCAACUGGACUGGCCGCGGUGGAAACGUUUCUGCAUCGACUUACAUUGCAUAA